AGUCCCAGGAGAAGGACAUUGUGCUUGGUAGAGUAGAAAACCAAAAACAAACCAAACCCACUGUCGUCAAGUCAAUUCCGACUCAUAGUGACCCUAUGGACAGAGUAGAACUGCCCCACACAGUUUCCAAAGAGCACCUGGGGGAUUCGAACUGCCGACCCUUUGGUUAGCAGCUGUAGCACUUAACCACUACGCCACCAGAGUAGAGUAGAAGGUUAGCAAAAGAAAGGAAGACCUUCAAAGAGAUGGAUUAAUACAGUGGCUCCAACAAUGGCUUCAAACACAACGAUUGUGAGGGUGGCUCAAGGCCAGGCAGUCUUUCGUUCUGUUGUACAUAGGGUUGCUAUGAAUUCAAAGUGACUUGACGGCACCUAAAAACAGCAACAAACAUUUGAGCCAAAACUUGAAAGAGAUGUUGGAAUACGUCAGAUGAUUAACUAGGGCAAAAGUGUUCCAAGGAAAGGGGAUAAAAAUAGUUGAUGCAAAUAUCCUGAAUCAUGCCUGGCAUAUCCUAUGAAAAACAAGGAGGCAAACAUAGCUAGAACAGAGUAAGCAAGGGUGAGAAGAGUAGAAAAAGAAGGGCAAGAUAAAAGAGAGUAACAGGAUAGUGGUGAACAGAGUAGAAGCUCUUGGACGGCCAUUAUGAGGCUUUGGACUUUUUCCUGUGUGUUACCAGAAUCACUCCAACUGCUCUGCUGACAAGAGGGAUGCAGAACACCAGCUAAAGCAACUACAAUCAUCCACCCAAGAGAUAAUGAUGUCUUGGAAUGAGUGGAAAGUCAGUAUGUAUUUUAAAGGUAGAGGCAAUAUGAUUUGCUGAUAGACUGGAGUGAGAGGUAAAAAAUGAUCAAAAUUGGUCAGGAGAUUUUUAGCAGGAAUUGAAUAAUUGAGUUGUCAUUACCUGAGAUGAGGAAGGCUUUCUUACCUAACUGAUAAUUAAUUGAUGUUAAUUUAUUGACACCAGGCAGUGGGGGUAGAUACUAGGGUACAAAUUACUGACAUAUUAACUCUCCUGCUAUUAGUGAUAAGAAAAUGCAAUAAAAAAGGUGAAUGGGAAUUUAUUUGAUAUUAAGAUGUGGUGUCAUUCAUUCAACUAAAUAACGGUCUUUGAAAUUCAAGGGGGCCCAAAGAAAGGGAGAGAGGAAGACAACAGAGUUCUAAGCUGGGCUCAGUGGAACCAAAGGCCAUUAUAAGAAAAUAUAGAAUAUAGAAAGGCACAGAUAUUUGCAAUAACAUAGUACAUUCAUAGAAUCGCUAGAAGGUAAACUGAGAGUGGGGUAGCAUGGAACUAUGUUAUGCAAGACAUCUGAAAGAAUAAAGAAUUUAGACAUUAUUCUAAGAGAAAUUGCAAACCCUUGAAGUGUUGUAAGCGUGAGCUUGAUACAAUGACAUUUAUGUAGGAUUUGGGGAACAGUCUGCCACUUGGAGAAAGAUGUGGCUCUUCAGUUACAGAAUAUGUUAAAGGCUACCUCUUUGACUUGAAUAUUAACAAUCUUGCUUCUCCUUCUCUUGUUCAUUGUCCUAUGGAAAACACACCAGUGGAAUGGCAUUGGGGCAGAAUCACACUACAGUGACGAGAUUCAUCCUGCUGGGCCUCACAGACCAGGCAGAUCUAAAACAACUCCUCUUUGCCGUCUUCCUGCUGAUCUACUCCAUGACUCUGGUGGGCAACCUAGGCAUGAUAGACCUGAUCCGCACCAGCUCUCCCCUCCACACUCCCAUGUACUUCCUCCUGAGGGUGCUCUCCUUCCUUGACAUCUGCAACUCCUCCGUGUUCACCCCCUGGCUGCUGACCAGCUUCCUCACCACUGACCAGUCUAUCUCCUUUCUAGGCUGUGUAGUCCAGAUGGCCCUCAUGGGCAUCCAUGGAACAGGGGAGUGUCUGCUUCUGGCCAUCAUGGCCUAUGACCGAUUUGUGGCCAUCUGCCACCCUCUUCUCUACCACACUAUCAUGUCCAAGCACUUUUGUGUCCAGCUGGUGGUGAUCACCUAUGCUGUGGGUGUGUUCAUUUCAGCUGUACAGACAGGGAAUGCCUUCAGCAUGCCUUUCUGUGGCCCCAACAUCAUCGACCAUUACUUCUGUGACAUCCCCCCAGUGCUCCAACUGGCCUGCUCAGAUACCACCACAGCCAAUAUCAUCCUGCUCUUCUUCUCUGCCUUGGUCACUGUCCCCACAGUCUCAGUCAUCUUGGUCUCUUAUGCCUACAUCCUGGUCACAAUCUGUAGGAUGAGGUCUCUGGAGGCCCAACGCAAGGCCUUCUCCACCUGUGCUUCCCACAUCACUGCCCUCUCUCUCUUUUAUGGGUCUGUGUUCCUUGUAUAUAUCCAACCCAAUCCUGAGAGUGCUUCAGCCUAUAACAAGAUCCUCUCUGUGUUCUACACCAUUGUGAUCCCCAUGCUGAACCCCCUGGUCUACAGCCUAAGGAAUAAAGAUGUCAAGGCCGCAGUACAAGUCAGGGUUCAUAACCUAAGCAGAAAAGGAAUUUGUCAGAAAGGCAUCUGGAAGCUUAUAAAAUAG